AAUGGAACCCUGCUCGUUCUUCAUUGAUGACUCGGUAUCCCAAAAUAAGAAUCUGCCAAGAGAAGGCACGAGAAUUUGCUGUCUGAUGUGAUUGCUUCAAUUUUAUCCUGUGUACACGAAAUUCGAGUACAAUGAAGACAGCUUUAAUGGUCGCGGAAAAGCCGUCACUGGCUGCUUCGCUUGCUAACAUUCUCAGUAAUGGAAGAUGCUCCUCGAGAAAGGGCUUAAAUGGUUCAUGCUCCGUUCACGAAUGGACAGGACAGUUUCGUUCAGAAACUGUAAACUUUAAAAUGACAUCUGUUUGUGGACAUGUAAUGAGUUUGGAUUUUACUGGGAAAUACAACAAUUGGGAUAAAGUGGAUCCGGCUGAAUUAUUUUCUUGUCCUACUGAGAAAAAAGAAGCAGUUCCUAAACUGAAAAUACCUUACUUCCUAGCCAAGGAAGGUGCUCAAUGUGAUUACUUGGUAUUAUGGUUAGAUUGUGAUAAAGAAGGUGAAAACAUAUGUUUUGAAGUGAUUCAUGCUGUACAACAAGGAAUGUCUCGGAGAUUGAAUCCCAAUGAUAUUUGGAGAGCUCAUUUUUCUGCUAUUACGGAGAAGGAUAUAAAAGCAGCUCUCGCUAAUCUGGGUAAACCAAAUGAGAAUGAAGCCAGAAGUGUGGAUGCUCGGCAGGAACUUGAUUUGAGAAUCGGUUGUGCCUUCACGCGUUUCCAGACGAAAUUUUUCCAAGGAAAAUAUGGGGACCUAGACGCUUCUCUAAUUUCAUACGGACCUUGUCAAACUCCAACACUUGGAUUUUGCGUACAACGACAUGAUGAAAUACAAACAUUUAAACCUGAUCCUUAUUGGGUUCUCCAGGUGACCGUUAAUUCAAAUGAUGGGCAGGACGUCCCUCUAAGUUGGUCCAGAGUACGUUUAUUUGAUAAGGAAAUAGCAAAUAUCUUUUUAGCCCAUGUCAAGGAGUACGAGCAAGCAAAAGUAGUGAGUAUCCAAAGUACAGAGAAAGCGAAACCGAGACCCCAAGCUCUUAAUACCGUAGAACUGAUGCGAGUGGCCAGCUCAGGAUUAGGAAUGGGACCUCAUCACGCGAUGCAAAUAGCCGAGAGACUUUACACUCAAGGUUACAUCAGUUACCCACGUACCGAGACAACGUCCUAUCCUGAGAAUUUUGAUUUAUUGGCGACGUUGAAGCAACAACAAAACAGUUCUGAAUGGGGCGAUGAUGUCAAAAAGAUUUUGGCUAAUGGUAUAAAUCGACCAAAGAAAGGACACGAUGCAGGUGACCAUCCACCCAUCACGCCGAUGAAACAUGCUUCCAGAAACGAACUCGACGGCGACUCCUGGAGACUCUACGAUUACAUAACGAGACAUUUCAUUGCCACGCUUGCCGCCGAUUGCAAGUAUCUCAGCACUACAAUUAAGUUUGAAAUUGGCACUGAAAUAUUCACCACUGUGGGACACACGCUACUGGAUCCUGGUUACACAAGCAUUUUGACAUGGCAAACUUUGAGCGCCAACGAGUGUCUGCCAAAAUUCACACCUGGCGAACUAGUCAAUAUUAACGAAGCAAAGUUAGCGGAAUGUUAUACCCAGCCGCCGGAUUAUUUAACAGAAUCUGAAUUGAUUUCUCUAAUGGAGAAGCAUGGCAUUGGCACUGACGCCUCUAUACCGGUUCACAUAAAUAAUAUUUGCAUAAGAAACUACGUAACUGUGGCAGCCGGUCGUAAACUCAUUCCAACGUCUUUGGGAAUCGUACUUGUUCACGGCUACCAAAAGAUUGAUCCCGAAUUGGUUCUGCCGACUAUGCGAUCCGCCGUCGAAGAACAAUUGAAUCUAAUCGCCCUUGGACGUGCCGAUUUUUAUGCCGUUCUACAGCACACUGUAGAAAUUUUUAAACAAAAGUUUCACUAUUUCGUACAAAAUAUCGAAGCCAUGGAUCAAUUGUUUGAAGUAUCGUUUUCACCACUUUCAGCAUCCGGCAAGGCGCACUCCAGAUGUGGGAAAUGUCGCAGAUAUAUGAAGUACAUACAAAGUAAGCCAUCGAGAAUGCAUUGCUCGCAUUGUAACGAGACCUACAAUAUACCUCAGAAUGGUAACAUCAGAAUAUACAAAGAGUUGAAGUGUCCUUUGGAUGACUUCGAAUUACUAUCUUGGUCGACAGGGGCGCGUGGAAAAAGUUAUACGUUCUGUCCGUAUUGCUACAAUAAUCCGCCUUUCAGGGACAUGAAGAAAGGAAUGAGCGGCUGCAACUCUUGCACGCAUCCCAGUUGUCCGCACAGUAUGAACUCCAAUGGGCUCUCUAGUUGUCCAGAGUGCGAGUCUGGCAUCUUGGUUCUUGAUCCUUCGGCUGCUCCGAAGUGGAAAUUAGGCUGUAAUCGAUGUGAUGUCAUUAUUCACUUAUUUGAAAAUGCACAUAAGAUUAGUGUCGAAUCAGACGUAUGCGACUGUGGGGCACAACUCGUUACAGUUGAAUACAAGCAGGACAAAAGUAAGCUGCCUGAUGAGGCUACGGAAAUGACUGGUUGCGUAUUUUGCACUCCAGUGUUCGUCGCCCUAGUAGAGAAGCAUCGAGCUGUGGCAUCGAAACCUGUAGCAACGCGGGGACGUGGACAUGCGAAGGGUCGUAGUAAAGGAAAGCCACGACCACCUAAAGAUAAGAUGGCACAGCUGGCUGCCUACUUUGUUUAAAGUAACAAACACUAUCAUCGUUUUCAUUAAGUAAGAAUGUUAGGAGGAACAUGAGUAAUAUCUGGAAAUUAGUAUGAUCUGUUUAAUUGAAUUUAAUUUUCGUAAAAAAAAUUAUAUAAAAUUUCUUAAAUAACAUUAGGUUAACUUAGAAAAAAUAUCGGCGGCGGAUUAUACAUACGAACCAUGUUUUCUAUUGCAUAAAAUUGUUCAAAUAUUUGAAAUAAUAAUGUGUCCCUGUGACUGGCGGUUUACAUUAUGUAAAUUAAGUAUACGACAGUAUUAACAUUACAGAGCAAUCAGACUCUGUCUGAUAAUUACGAGGGUGUCCUCGUGAUGAAUAAUUGUUAUUAAAAUCGCUUUGAAAUAAUGCUGAUUAACUCAAAGUGAAUCUUCGACUAUUUACAAUGUGAAUGUGUACUUCCUUUGUUUCGUUCUCGAAACGAGUCGUUUGAGACUAGUUUUAAGCAAAUGUCAUACAAUUGUAUAUCGUACGGUUAAUUAAGAUUCAUGCUUACAAUUGUAACAAAAUUUCAUGUGUUCGUGGCAGCAACAAACAUGAACUUACACAAAGAUGUAACUUCUUUCGUCAAUAAUAUACAUAUAAAAUUCAUGUAAAAGAUUUAGUCAGAUAAGUCAAACGUACCGGAUAUUUUUCCUGGUGGUUGAUCACACGUUCAGUGAGCGACAAGUGGCGUAGAAAUGAAAAAGCAGUAAAAGGAAGGGGAAGAGGAAGGCUUUCCCCCAUCAUCCCCUCCUGCUUAUCGGCUUUAUUUUGUUAAGCUACCAGUUAAGUAGUGAAAAUAAAAAAACGAUUACCCUUGCA